AUGUUUUAAAGGUUAUCUCCAGAGUAAAAACACGAAUAAAAAGUUCAAGGUUUGUUACAAAUGAUAGAUUCACAGUUCGAGAGCAUGCAUUAUUAUCAAAGUUCCAUAGAAAACCAACCUAAUUUCAGAACUGAACCUGACGAUUGUUUUGUUGGUAGUCAACAAACUAAAACUGUUAGACACUUCAAAUCGCAAGAUAAUAUUUCCAAAAGUGCUCUCUCUAAUCUCCUAAACCUUGUGGACACAAACAUUUUAAGAUCUACUAAAUUGAAUCAUUCUAAAUCCAAUACCAAUGAUGAGGAUUUCCUUCCUAAAUAUAAAAAGCCUUUGAAAACUGAUUGUUCAGUUGGAUUUUAAAAUGACUCAUAAGAAGAUCGAAUCAAGACAUAAAUGACGAAUGUUUCUAUUUAAGAUGCUUCUGUUUAAACAAAGCCAAAAAAAUAAAAAAAAUUAGGUUUUUUCACUUAUGAAAUCUCUUAUAUGUCACCUAAAUGCAAGAAUUGUGGUUCUGAAAAGAAAAUGCUAGAAGAUAAAAGCAUUUAAAAUUAAAGAGCUCAAAGUAAUUAUGUAAAUGCUUUUAAAGAGUAUACAAAAAAUGAAAGUAUAUAAAAAUGCUUCAUCUCGAAAUUUAACAACAAGAAUAAAUCAGAGUUUUUAGUAGAUCAAAAGAUUGAAGAUUCAUUAUUUGGUUAAAAUUCUAUUGCUUUAGAAAGCAAAUAUUAGCCAAAGUACUAAUCAAAUGGCCCCAAAGAUCUAUCUUUUCAACAACCAAUUAAGAAGAAUAAAUCUUAGAAGAAUUUCACACAAAUAGCACAAGAUGUUAAAAUAAUAUCACCUCCAAAAUAAGGAUUCUUUAUAAAUGCAAAUAUCAAAUAACAAAGGAAGGUAUUGGCAUAACCAUACAAACUAAUUUCUUAAAAAAUGAAAUAAAAAACAUUGAUCAGUUGA